UUUUUCCGUCACAGUACGUGUUAGACACGUCGGAAAUUUCAAGAAAAAUUAAAAAAAAAUAUUAAAAAUUUUCUGUGAAAGCCUUUUGAAGAUACCACCAAAAUCUAACAUCUAUUUAUACAUAAAUCCGCUAUGGAAGUUGGAGUUACCCUAAAUAAUGAACUUGAGUCUCAGAUAGCGGAGGCAUUUUGCAUCUUUGACACACAUGGCGAUAAGUACAUUGAUACGCGCAAUGUGGGCAACGUCCUCCGAUUCUUGGGCUGUGUGCCCACCGAGAAGGAAGUCCAGAAUGUCAUCAAGGCCACCGAGUCUGUCGAUUAUCCGGGGGAAUCUGCUUUAACGAAAUUUGUGGCCCACGUCUCCCUGCUGCUCAUGAAUCGCCAAAUGGAACCAGCCACAACAGAAAAGCUUCUAGAGGCAUUCGAGACAUUAGAUCCAGAAAACAAGAAGUACUUGACUAAGGAGUAUUUCGGCAAACUGAUGUCGGAGGAAGGCGAACCCUUCACCACAGAGGAAAUGGAGGCAAUGUGGCCAGUUGCCAUUGAUCCCAUUACUGGAAACAUUCCUUUCACCUUUUACAUAAACCAACUGAAGCACAAGCCCAAAAUCUAUGACAUCGCCGAUAUGGUUAAGGAGGAAUUGGCCCAGGCAGAGAAAGAAAAGGGAAAGAAACCCCAACAAACUCUAUUAUAGCUAAAACUAAUUCAUUCAGAAAUCAAAAUCCUAAGAACGCUAAUAAAUUUUUUACUAAUUUU